UUUUAAUAUUGUUAUUAUUAUUUUUCUUUUUCAUUCUGAUUUUAGAUUGUUACAGAAACAAAACGGGGGGAACGAGAGAGGGCGAGGGAAAAUAUGGAGACUGCAAUUUGUGGGAGACUAGCUCUUUCACCUAACACCGUCUUCAAUUCUAAACCAGGGGACAGACAGUCUCUUUGUAAAGGAGCAUAUGCCAAUCGGAAUAUUCUCAUGGCUGUUUCAGCAACAGGAACAGGUAAAGGAGGGGUGUUGGAGAGGCCAGUUAUAGAGAGAACCUCUCCUGGCCGGGAAUCUGAAUUUGAUCUGAGGAAAAAAAAGAAGAUUACUCCACCAUAUCGAGUGAUACUGCACAAUGACAACUACAAUAAACGGGAAUAUGUUGUCCAAGUAUUAAUGAAGGUUAUACCAGGAAUGACUCUGGACAAUGCUGUUAAUAUCAUGCAAGAAGCACAUUACAAUGGGUUGUCGGUUGUGAUUAUUUGCUCUCAGGCAGAUGCCGAGGAUCAUUGCAUGCAACUAAGAGGCAAUGGGCUACUGAGUUCUAUUGAACCUGCAAGUGGUGGUGGUUGCUGAAGAUAUAGCUGUAAUAUAGCCCUACUCAAAAUACCAUGGGUUUGUUACUCGAUUUAAAAUGUUAGAUUGUUGUAUAUAAAGCCAGUAGUGCUCUCGUGUUUGUAUGUACCUCAGUCAUCCUAUGGUCAAAUUAAAGACAGAAGGGAGAGUCUGUCCCCUUGUAGGGUUGGAUUUGAA